GAACGGCAUUAUAAAAGUAAGCAGUUCCAGUAGCAUUUCAUUCGGCCAUUGAAUUCUGCCGAGAACAGUGACUUUUUCAUUAACUGUGAGGCAAUAGAAGCAAACAUGCGUGCUGUUGUACUGCUUGGGUUGUUUGCGUUGGUGCAAUUGGCUGCAGCCACUCAUUACCGUGGCGGUACCUUCUACUGGGAACGACUAGGUAGAGAAAAGAUUCGUGUAUACUGGCGUUUGGCCUACCAACUAACAUCCUCCUACCCUGAAUACUACUGUUCCCACGUCGGUGAAAGACUCCAGGCUGAAACGGCGCUGAUACUUGAUUGUCCCACCUGUACCACUAAUCAAACCAUCUUGUCGCCAUUGCAAAUGGAAUGUGUGUCCAUUUCGAGAGAGAUGGGAUGGAGUAUCCUGCAGGGGCAUAUUGAUUACUAUGCAGAUCGUGAAAUCUUUAGAAUGAACUAUCACACAAUAGGAAGCUGUACAGACAGCAGUUGGAUCCAACUGCAAAAUUAUGACAGUGGAAAAUGUUGGUCUCUGCUUACGCAAGUCGAUACCUCAAUGAACAACCACUCUCCACGUCUAACAACUGGUCUACCAGUGUACAGAGUCCGACAGGGAUGCAGGCGAUUGAUUGACUUAAUGCCAACUGAUCCUGACGAUGACGUCAUUAGGUGCCGAUGGGCAGCGGACUCAAAGGAUGAAUGUCCUCCAGCUAGAGAUUACAACGACAAAAAACGAGUUUGCGGACAAGCAACCGAUUUAACGAUCCUGUACGGGGAUAAAUGUCUUAUCCAAUUCGACACCGAUUUAAAUAGUAGACUCGGGUGGUAUGGUGCCUCCGUUAUGGUAGAAGAUUUCAAAAACAAGAAGAGUACCGAAGCUAAGAGUACGGUUCCAUACCAGUUCCUCCUUGACGUCACCGAACUGUUCAGGAAGUGCAGGGAAGUUGGCCCGAAGGCUUUACUUUCGAAUACACCAAACCACCGCCAGCUGCUAUUGUCGAAGCAGUCAUCACCUUCCAGAGUAAUAAAGUUGGUAAGAAUGCCUUCAGUUUCACCGCCAUCGAUGACAACGGGUAAGUAG